AUGGAGGAAGUGAAACAUGCAACAUUUAGCAUUCAUCCUCAAAGUGCCCCAGGAGACGAUGGUAUGACAGCAAAAUUUUUUCAAAGCUUCUGGAACAUACUUAGUGGUGAUGUGUUUCAAGCAGUUAAGAGCUUCUUUUCAGGGGGUAGAAUUUUGAAGGGUUUUAACCACACUCAGAUCUGUCUUAUUCCCAAGAUUUCUGAUGCUAAAGAUAUGAUUCAGAUUAUACCGUAUCUGGAGACCGCGGGCUUGUAUCACUUGGCUAGGCUGAACAGCCAGUGGUUCUGGAUUGAUGAGCCUCUACUUAGCGCAUUCGUUGAGAGGUGGCGCCCUGAGACCCAUACCUUUCACAUGCCGUUUGGGGAGUGCACUAUCACUUUGCAAGAUGUGGCAUAUCAGCUGGGUUUGCCCAUCGAUGGGGAGGCCGUUAGUGGGUGCCUGACUGACUUUGAGAAUCUGAUGGAGAACGGAAGACCAGCAUGGGAGUGGUUUCGGGAGUUGUUUAGCGAGUUACCGCCACCGAAUAAAGUCAAGCAGAUGACGGUUCACUUCACAUGGUUCCAUGAGAGGUUUCGGGUUCCCCCAGCAAAUGCGAGUGAAGAGAUCGUGCGUAUCUACGCGCGUGCUUAUAUUAUGAUGUUGUUGUCGUCUCAACUGUUUGCGGACAAGAACGCAAACCAGGUUCACCUUCGCUGGUUGCCAUAUUUGGCAUCGAUGGAAGACUUGGGAAGAUAUAGUUGGGGCUCGGCUGCACUGGCCUGGUUGUAUAGAUGUCUGUGUCAUGGGACAAACAGAAAUGUUGUGAACUUGGCCGGACCGUUACAGCUACUACAGUCUUGGAUUUUUUGGAGGUUUCCCAGUCUCAGACCUAGUGGUUUUGAUGUGUUUGAAUUUUUGCUGGCAUCCAGGUGGGCAACAUAUCUGCCGACAACUGAUGCAGGAGAUCAAAGAGUGUUUAUGUGGGAGCCUUAUUCUGCUCCCGAUGUGGUAGCUGUUGUUCAUCCGGAUAUACUUAUUGAGGAGCACCGUAGGCUAUGGAUGGCGGUCACGAGUCUAAUAUAUUUUGCUGCGAUAGAGUGGCAUCAGGUGGAUAUAGAGUGGUACCGCAGUUCGGCGGAGUUCAGCAUCUCCCUCAGUUUGCUCUAA